GCCAGCACUGCGCCGCGCCGGAGAGCGCAGUGGCAGCGGCGGGAAAGGGCUGCGGACCCGCUCGACGACGCGGCCCCGGGCUCGACGCCCUCCACUCGCUCCCGGAGCAGUAAGAAGACAUGUUGGGUUAACAGGAAGAGCUGUAGAGUUUGCAGAUAUCAGCUGAGGCCUUAUUAAGCACAGUGGUAGCAUCAAUGCCAGGCAGAUGGCACAUGUGGCUGGCUGGCUGCUGCCAUAUAGACAGUACCGUUUUGGAAGAUGGAGAGAGCUAUGACACAAUAAAUUUAAUUAAAAGGUCCUAUUACUGCUGGAUUGUGCAAGAUAUUUAACCGUGUUUUCUUUGAGGUAUGACUUAAAUAUCAAACAUCUUAAAUAAGAAAAGGGAAACAUUUUAGUUUUGAAGUCAGAAUGCCAAGGAGAAGGAGAAAUCUUGGGGGAAAUCCUUUUCGGAAGACUGCAAGCUCUAAGAAAGUUGUCGUAUCCAGUGUUGCUAGUCAUGAGGAACCAACCACUACUCUUCCUUCCAUGUGUGACACAAAAGUUGAUCAGGAAGAACUCUUCACCAGUAUCUCAGAGAUGUUUUCUGAUCUGGAUCCUGAUGUAGUAUAUUUGAUGCUUUCUGAAUGUGAUUUCAAAGUUGAAAAUGCAAUGGAUUGUCUAUUAGAAUUAUCUGCCACUGAUGCCAAGGUAGAAGAAUCGUCUUCAAAAAGCUUCAUUGCUUCUGAGAGCCACGUAAGUGCUGUGGGACGUGAAAUAAUGGAAAAGUAUCCUCCUGAAGAAGAGAGCGAAGAUUCAAAAAUGGAUUCAUUUUUGGACAUGCAGCUAACCGAAGAUUUGGAUUCCUUAAUACAAAAUGCUUUUGAGAAAUUGAAUUCUUCUGAUGACCAAGUAUACUCAUUUUUGCCUUUGCAAGGUGUUAAUAGUUUUAGUGACCCAAGUGCAUUUGUAAAUUCAGAUUCAAGUAGUAUGACUGCCAUUCUUUCUACAGAUAAUGUGGAUUUGAACAGUGAAAAUAUAGGGAAUUCUGCCUCUGCGUUAAGUUCAAACACCUUAAUUUCACAUUCUGUUUCAGAUGAGUCCAAAAGCGUUACAAAGGAUGACACAUUGGCGUUGGAAGAUUCUCUUCUCACUAGUUCUUUAAAUGUAGCAAGUGACAGUAUGGUGGGUGGUAGCAAUCUCAGUCAAGGACCUAAAGACCUUUUAGAAUCUGAGUAUGUUGAGACUCCGUUCUCUCAAGCCCCUGUAGAUUUGGAUGACAAUGAACCUCAGGCUCCUUUAAGCCUUACUGUGCAAAAUCCGGGGCUUGAUUUACUAGGUGCAAGUGGGGAUCAGAACUCUGCUUCUGUCCCUGAUAUGUUCGUACCUUCCGAAGACUUCAGUUUCAAACCACACAAACAUACCGAACUGCCGUCAAAGGGAAAAGAUGUGAAUUACUGCCCAGUACUUACCCCUCUCCCUCUACUGCUGCCUCCUCCUCCACCUCCACCAAUGUGGAAUCCAAUGAUUCCUGCUUUUGACCUCUUUCAAGGGAACCAUGGCUUUGUAGCUCCUGUUGUAACCACUGCAACACACUGGAGACCAGUCAACUACACGUUUCCCCCUCCGAUUAUUUCUCACACUUCCCCAACAAAGGUAUGGAGAAAUAAAGAGGGAACAAGUGCUUAUCAAGUACAAGAAACCCCACUUUCUCAGGUUGUAAGAAAGAAGACAUCAUCUUAUAUUGGACUAGUUCUUGUUCUUCUCAGAGGGCUUCCAGGAUCAGGAAAAUCUUAUUUGGCAAGGACUUUGCAAGAGGAUAAUCCAAGUGGAGUCAUUCUUAGUACUGAUGAUUAUUUUUACAUAAAUGGGCAGUACCAGUUUGAUGUAAAGUACUUAGGAGAAGCACAUGAAUGGAACCAGAAUCGUGCAAAAGAAGCAUUUGAGAAGAAGGUGUCUCCUAUAAUAAUAGACAAUACAAACCUACAGGCAUGGGAAAUGAAGCCAUAUGUUUCUUUGUCUCAAAAACAUAAAUAUAAAGUCCUUUUUCGGGAGCCGGACACGUGGUGGAAGUUCAAACCAAAGGAACUUGCAAGGCGUAAUAUUCAUGGGGUAAGCAAAGAAAAAAUAACAAGAAUGUUGGAACACUAUCAGCGUUUUGUUUCAGUGCCAAUAAUCAUGAGUUCUUCAGUUCCAGAGAAAAUUGAACGUAUUGAGUUGUGUGCAUAUUCUUGUGAGGACAGAAGUACUAGCCCAAGAGACAAUGAAGGUAUUACCUCUGAAAAAGAAGAAAGUGUCUUAUCUUCAUCUUUGAAGCAUCUAGAGUUAACUGAAGAGAAGAAACUUGAAGUGACCAAAGAAACUGUAUUACCUGAGAAUGUUACAUAUCUCUCUAAUGCAGAUUUAAACAAAGGAAGAAAAGAAAUAAGUAGUAUGAAUCCUAACAUUCAGAAUGCUCAGGAAGUUUCAGACCUAUAUUUUUCUGAUUCUGAAAGCAAAGUACAAGCAACAGAAAAAAGUGAGAAAGAAGAGCAAGUAGAAAUGGCUUCUGAAAAAGAGUAUAGUAAAUCUGAUGCAGAUAGUUUUGUGAAGAGAGUGUCAUCGAGUAUUUGCUAUGGUGAAAAUCAAGAAGACUAUGAUCUUUCAAAUACUAUAGGAUUUCAAAAUAACAAGUCUUCACCUGGUGAAAUAUUAGAAGAAAGAGCCACGGUAAAGAAAAAAGCCUUUGGAAAACAAAAAAGCAAAUCAACUUUGGAAAAGUUCCCUAGACACGAGCUAUCAAAUUUUGUUGGUGAUUGGCCAGUUGAUAAGACUAUUGGUCAGAGGACAAAAAGGAACCGAAAAACUGAAAAAGCUUCGUAUGUACAAAGUGACAAAAAGUAUAAUCACCCUCAGGCACACAAAGUAUUAGAUAACAGUCUAUCUGUGAAUAUUGAUCACAUCCAGCAGCAAGAAUCUCCAGAUGAAAGUACAGAGAGUGACAAGAAGUCACAGUAUGAUGAUGCUUCAGAAUCUUUCAGUAACCGUCAGUAUGAUCCGAAUAAAAAUACUGAAAAACAGUCAUUCAGCAUUGUGGGUGACUGGCCUUCAUCUGAUUCUUUAGCUCAGAGAGAGCACAGAUCUAGAAUGCCAAAAGAUGGCUUCAAGGAGCCCAACCUAGAAUUUGGAACUAAUGACAGUAUGAAUGAAAUAUCCUUUUACACAGCACAUGAGGCCUGCUGGGGCAUGAGCCCUGAAGAAUUGAAAACACUGGGUAGUUCCAGUUCCACUCAAGGAAGUUCUGAAUCGCUAUCCAGUGAAAUGACCUGUGAGAAUAAAACUUGUCCAAGUAAAAAGAUUCAUAGACAAAACACAUUGUCUCUUACUUUUACCAAUAGUGGGCCAACUAUUCCUGGAGUAGUAGGACCACAAACUUUAGCAGAAUUUCCAGAAGAAAAGCUUAAAAAAAUCCCUGGAAUAGAAGGAGGCACGUGUACCCAGACUGAACCACAGGAUUUUGCUCUCUUAUGGAAAAUAGAAAAGAAUAAAAUUAGUAUUUCAGAUUCUGUGAGAGUAUUAACAGGACGGUUAGAUGGAUUUAAACCAAAAGCUUUCAAUAUUAACACAAAAUUAGAUGUUCAAGAAACAAUUCCGUAUAGGGUAAUGUAUGAUAAAAGUACAUAUGUUGAAGAAAGUGAGCUCACCAGUGCUGAUGAAUCUGAAAAUCUUAACAUUCUUUGUAAACUCUUUGGGUCCUUUUCAUUAGAAGCCCUAAAAGACUUAUAUGAGAGGUGUAACAAAGAUAUUAUUUGGGCUACAAGCCUUUUGUUGGAUUCUGAAACUAAAUUAUGUGAGGAUGUUGAAUUUGAGAAUAUCCAAAAAUCAUAUGAUGAAGCACAAAUUGGGCCAUUUUCUAUGGGAUUAAAUUUGAAGGAAAUUAUUAGCCAAAGAGGAACCUUGGAGGAUUCUUUGUCUUCUGUGCCAGAAUUUGGCCAUGGCACUGUUGUCAGUAACACUAAUGUGCAGUCUACCUGUGACUCAGAAAAGGGAAACUCUGAGCAGGCAGAAAUAAGAACUAUCACUACUGAGAAACCUGGAUGUAGAACAGACUUCUUUCCUAAUACCCCUACAGAUCUAAAGAAUACUAAUGAAGUAUUUCCUGGUAGUCAGGCAAAACUUCCAGGUUUAUAUGACAUUAAGCAGUCUUCUCCAGGUACUCUAAAAGCUACUACUGCUAAAGAUGUGAGGGACAUGGAGAAGAACCUAGUAGUCACAGAGAUUGGAGACAGUAUACAUUCUUCUUUAAAUUUGUCUAAUAUUUUAAAUUCUGUAUCGAGCACUUCACAUCUUGAGUUAAAUGAAGUUGAUUUUACUGACUCUUUUGAAAUAAAGAAAAAUGAAAAUCUUCCUAAGACUUAUGUGAAAUUUCCAAACACUGAAGAGUUUAUGAAUGAAGAUGAACAGGAAAUGGAAAAAAUUCUAAUGGCUGAGAGUACUCUGUCAGCUGGAGUUAGUGAAGAAGAUAAAACUGAGAUGCUGAAUCCCAUGCCAGUGAUGGCCAAGUCUCUGACCAUAGACUGUUUGGAAUUGGCAUUACCUCCUGAGCUGGCUUUUCAGCUCAAUGAAUUAUUUGGCCCUGUUGGUAUUGAUUCAGGGUCUCUAACAGUUGAGGAUUGUGUGGUUCAUAUAGAUCUGAAUCUGGCUAAAGUGAUUCAUGAGAAAUGGAAAGAAUCUGUAAUGGAGCGACAGAGACAAGAAGAGGUGUCCUCUGGCAAGUGUAUGCGAGAUCCUUCCCUGAUUGGGAGUUUUGGUCUUGAUAAUCCUGAACAAAAGUCAUCUCAGAGAACAGGCAAAAAAUUACUGAAGACUUUAGCAGCACCUGAAAUGCAACCCUUAUUGGAUCAUUGGAACACUCAAACUAAAAAAGUGUCACUCAGAGAAAUAAUGUCAGAAGAAAUAGCCUUACAGGAAAAACAUGAUUUGAAAAGGGAGGCACUUAUGUUUGAAAAAGAUUGUGCCACUAAACUAAAGGAGAAGCAGCUCUUUAAGAUAUUUCCAGCUAUUAACCAAAAUUUUCUGGUGGACAUUUUCAAGGACCACAACUAUUCAUUAGAACACACAGUCCAGUUUCUAAACUGUGUUCUUGAAGGAGACCCUGUAAAAACAGUCGUAGCACAAGAGUUUGUUCAUCAAAAUGAGAAUGUCACUUCUCAUGCUACACAGAAGUCUAAGGAGAAGAAGGCAAGGAAAUCGAAAGAGACUGAAGAUCUCUCAGGUGAACCAUCUUUCCAGGAUUUUGAGUAUCCAGAGUAUAAUGACUACAGGGCAGAGGCUUUCCUUCAUCAACAGAAGAGGAUGGAGUGCUACAGCAAAGCAAAGGAAGCUUAUCGGAUGGGGAAAAAACACGUUGCCACGUUUUAUGCCCAGCAGGGUAGUCUCCAUGAGCAGAAGAUGAAAGAAGCUAAUCACCUUGCUGCCGUGGAGAUCUUUGAGAAAGUCAAUGCCUCCUUGCUGCCACAGAAUGUUUUAGACCUCCAUGGGCUGCAUGUGGAUGAAGCUAUAGAACAUUUGAUGACAGUUUUACAGCAGAAAACUGAAGAAUUUAAGCAGAAUGGUGGUAAGUCCUAUCUGUCUGUGAUCACGGGGAGAGGAAACCACAGCCAAGGAGGAGUUGCGCGCAUCAAACCAGCUGUCAUUAAAUACCUCACAAGCCAUAGCUUCAGGUUCUCUGAAAUUAAACCAGGGUGCUUGAAAGUCAUGCUAAAGUAAAAUAAACAUCCUUGACUUAGAAGUGUGAAGGAAGAAAGUUGAAGCCCGAGAUUAUAUUGCAGUUUUAUAACUUUCAUAGGCAGUGAAGUUUUUAGAGAAAGAGAAAUGGUUAGAUCAGUGUUGUAUAGAACUGCUUCUAGAGCUGUCUGUGUAAGUGGUAUGUAAGACAGUACUAAGGAGCUAUAUUUUAUAUUUGAGUCAUAUAAUUUCUAAACUGCAGAAGGUCAAAAUCCUAUUAAAUAGAGAAAACACUUUUGAUAUAAUCUUUAAAGGAAUCCUUGCAAUUUCAAAGUUUUUUUACCUUUGUUUUUAAAAAGAGCCAACUUUCUAAAAGGAAACCUUCAUUGACUUCAUUUUGUGUGAGCUAAAAAGUCCUGUUUGUAUGUCAGCUAUAAAAUGUAAAUUUCAUUUCUACAAGUUUAAUGUGGUAAAGUGUAAUUUUCCAACAUGAAACAAUGGCUUAAAUAAAUUUGGCUUUGGAUAUGGAGAGUUUUUCCAACAUACGUAAUUUAACAAACACUUGUGUUGCAGUUUAAUGAGCUUGAAAAUCAUUUGGAUCAGGGUUGUAUAGGGUUGAGCUAUUACUGAAAGAAUCCUGAAGUACAGAAUGGUUUCCCAAAAGAACAGACAUUUUAAUGAAAAUAAAACUUAAAAACACAUUUUUGCAUAUCAUGAAAGCAUGCUUUUAAAAGUAGAGCUAUAUCAUUAAGUUUAUUUCCACAAAAAUAAAAGCAUUUAUUAUUUAGAAAUGAUUAGUGAGUGGUAUUGAAAUAUUUUCUCAUGGUUGUAAUAAUUUGUUUAAAAAAUGAAAAAUGACACCAGUUUAGCAUAUGUUUUUUGUAAUGCCUAGAAGAGUUGUAUACAUUAAAAAAUAGAGCAGUUCAUUUGAAGAACUUAUUAUAAAACAACAACUGUUACUGAAGUAAAAUGUUUCUAUGUAUAAAUUAAUAUGACUUAAGAAAUGUGAGUAAUAGUCCUGACACCUGGAGUUACUUGAGUGUGUGCAGCUGCAUACUCAUUUUCCAUGUUGUUGUAUUUCCUCACCCAGCUUUUGAGCACUUCAGCUAGAUUUAUUUCAGUAUUAUUGUAAUUAAGAUUAAUGUGGGAGCAGUCAAAAAGAACAAGGGGUGAGGUGAGGUGUUUUGUGGGCAGAAACCAAAUGAAAGAAGCUCUGUUUUUUGCUUGUAUCAACCUUAAUGUUAGGCUUUAUUUUGGUAAAUCUAAGGUAUUUCUUCAUCAUAUGAUUCAUAAGUAUAUAGGCAAAUUUUGAGCAUCAUAUGUGUUUUUAUGAAGUUGUUUAAUUCUAAACUGACUCUCACCUCACUAACAUAGUUUAAACAACAUAUUAUUAUGAAAGAAAAAUUGUAUAGUUCCUCCUUUCUUGUUUUGUCCAUUCCUAAAUCCUAUAUGCCAAAGGUAAACAUAGUUUAGGGUUUAAUAAAUUUUUGUCUUGCUUUUUUUCUAAACUCUGUGUCAAAAGUAAGUAAGGAUAGUGUGGGGAUUAUCAACGUCUUCAGGUAUUGGUAUAUUUGUGCUAAUACAGGACUAAUUAGAAUGGCUCUUUCCAAAUGUAUUAAUAUUUUAAAAGUACAACACUUUGGUAGUUUGGAAGAUUUUAGUCACUGUUCUGUCUUUUUAGUAGUAUCUCAUCUGUGUUUCUGCCAGGAGAAAAAAGCGAACUAAUGUGGAAACCACAGGGGAAAAGGGUUGGACUUCAGGAAAUUCUUUAACAGUAUUUUCAAUUCAUCCACUUCUUACUUCAGCAUGAGAUGUGGAAGCAUCUUUAGGUUUAUUGGCUAUUCAUGUAACUCAUAGUAUUUUCAAGUUGAGAUUUUUCCAGUUUAUUAGUGUUUCCAUACUAUUUGCAAUUUUAUGGCCUUUAAAUAUGGGGCAUAGUACAUAGUAGAAAUUCUGACUUCUACUUUAAAGUGUCUUGUUUAUUACAACGUAUUUUGAGAAGAAUGGCUAAAUAAUUCUGUUGCAUUGUUUCCAGUCCUUAUUUCAGUCUUUUUCUUUCUAAAUUAAAGUGUUUUGUGUGCUUAGAAAAAGGACAUAUGUAAUAGCAAGAUUGGUUAUUUCUGAGCUGGACAUCGGAAACUUUAAGACUCAGGAAAUUGCUCUGACAAUGUUUUAACUGCUCUCAAUGUAAGAAAAUGACAAAAUGUAUAAAAAAAAAAUAAUGUGUGCUGUUUUUUCCAAGUGCUUUUUCGAAGUGCUUUUCCAUUGUGCAGUGAGGUGAAGUUUGAUAAUUUCCUGUGUAGUGGUUAUAUAUUGUUUAUUUUUAUUUACAUGGUAAAGAAAACAAAUUUAAAUGUUUGUGUGGCCAAAAAAAGUGUCGUUGAAAAGGUAAAGUGAAUUUAUGUAGAAUGUAUGUCAAUGGUGCUUAUUUUUAAAAUGUAAUUCAAGUUUACAGUAUUAUUAAAGCCUCUUUAUAGAAUUUAGUAGGGAAGCAAGGCUGGAAGACAUGCACACCCCUAAGAGCCUUUUAUACAUUAACAUUAUAGAAUGAUAAUUUUAUUAUUUUCCUUAAAGUUGAGCAGUUGACUUUUAUGGUCCAAAUGAUGAACCUGUUAUUUACAAGUGAUUGAAUUAACCGUGAAACUUCUCAUUAAAAUAUAAUAUUGCAGCUAUCAGUUGGAGAAUAUAUUAUAAAACUUUCAGACAUUAUAUCAGAAAUGAUAUGUUUUUAUUUGUACUAUAAAGAAGAUGUAAUUUUGCUGUUAACUCUGUACUUUUUUAUUGAAAAUGUUUUAUAACUUUGCUUUUAAAAUUUCUUAUGAAACUGUUUGCAGAUUACAUACUUAAUUUAAUAAAAUACUUUAGCCACAGUCCA